AUGGGGAAGACGAUUAAAGAUCUAAAAGAUAGGAUGAGCUCUACUAUUCAAAAGGCACAGGAGAUCAAUCUUGUUCGUCAGGUGUUGAAUUCAAGUCAGCCUUCAAGUUGUACUUCCCAAAUACGGAGAAAAGGGAGUAAGCCGGAUUCACAAGCAGUGGCAGUGGAGCACAAGGUGGAGGAAAUAGUGAGAUUGUUAGGGGAUCCUGCUGUUAAGGUCAUUGCCAUCGUGGGUAUGGGCGGCCUGGGUAAAACUUUCCUUCUGCAGCAUGUCUACGACAGAACAAAACAUGGGUACGAAUAUUCUGCCUGGAUUUCUGUUUCACAGUCUUUUUCUCUCAGAACUUUGCAAUGUAACCUAGAGCUAGUAUCUGACUUGAUAAGUGAGAAACUAGAGGGGAGAACGUGUUUGAUUGUUCUGGAUGACUUGUGGAAGAGUAGUCUAGAAGGUGAUUUGGUACAAUGUGUUGGCCUUCCCACUGGUAUUAAUAGCCAGUGUAAAAUUUUGGUUACUACCAGAAAUAGAGAUGUUGCUGCAAAUAUGAGGGCCCAUGUAUAUGAGAUGCAACGCCUCUCGGAGGAGGACAGUUGGAAUCUGUUUUGCCUGUUUGCCUUUUCCGAUUGUGAGGGAAAUAGGUCGCCUGAGCACCUGGAGAGGUUGGCUCACCAAAUUGCAGAAAAAUGUGGGAGGUUGUCACUGGCCGUUAAGACGUCAAAACUGAAGCAAUUAAAAGAUGUAGUAGGGGCAGAGAAUUCCACCUUGCAGAUCCUCAAGCUGAGUUACGACUCUCUUCCACUCUAUGUCAAAGCUUGUUUUUCUUAUUUUCCUUUCUUUCCAGAGGACAUACACAUAUCUUUUUAUGUAGCAAAAGAUUUGACAUUUAUACACAAGGAAUAUUUGAUAUAUUUGUGGAUGGCCGAAGGGUUUAUUCCACAAGAAAAGGAUAGAGAACAGUGUGAUAUUGGGAAAGCUCUCUUCAUCGCUAACAAUUUCUCCGCACUCUCACUCUCUCAAACUGCAGAAAUUACAAGUAUUCCAGAACUAUUGUUUGAUCGUCUCAGAGUACUCCGGGUUCUCGACUUUAGCAACACUGCCAUCUCUACAUUGCCAAAAUGUGUUGGGAAAUUGAAGCUUCUCAAGGUUCUGAAUUUGUCUAAAACAAAGAUCAUGGAGGUGUCGGAUUGUGUUAGAAGACUCAAGAGUCUUCAAUUUCUUGAUGUUGGAUGUAGUAGCAUACAACGUGUACCUGACUGGAUAGGCGAACUAAAAUCUCUUUCCCAUCUUGAUGUAAGUCACUGCUCAGAAGAACUUAAGACCAGGGAAAUGCCCAAGGGAAUAUCAAAUCUCUCGAGUCUGAGGACAUUGAGAUCAGGAUGCUUCCCAUUGUCUACUGUAGAGAGUGAAUUCUUAAAUGUUAAAGAUGUCGGCAAUUUGAUCAAUCUGCAGGAAAUAAGCUUUAGUAUAAAAGAUGAACGUGGAUUGAGAAGUGUAGAAGAUGAACAUGCUUUUGAGCGCCUAGUGAAAAUGAGAAUUCUUGUGGUAAAGCAACUUUGGCUUUGUCGUUUUUCUGUGCCAAGUUGGAUAUGUGGUAUGGUAAAUCUGACAGAACUUGUGUUAAUUGAGUGCAGUGAUUAUCCUUUGCUCCAAAGCAUGCCCAACUUACGAUCAUUGGUUUUAAGGAAAGGUUCAAGAUGCAAAGAAUUGCCAAAGAAGUUUGGAGAGAGUGGAGGAUUUCCUAAGCUGGUUAGGCUAUUUAUGUAUGACUUCCCUCUUUUGGAGGAGUUGCCGGCAUUGGAGGAGGGAGCGAUGCAACGUCUAGAAGUGCUAUGGAUAUAUGAUUGUCUGCGAGUGAAGAAAAUUCCAGACGGAUUGGAGCGGUUGAGGAGACUAAAAGGGAUAGAUGUGGAGCAGGCAAGUAGUGAGUUAGCGGAGAGGUUAAAGGAAGGUGGGGAAGAUUGGAACAAAAUCAAAGCCAAUAAUUCCAACAUAGAGAUCUGCAUAUAG